AUGCAUAAGCUCGGCUUCAAAACGCGCAAGGAGGCCAAUGCGCCCACGACUCUUAACGCGGGGUCAGCACCGACCCCGUUAGCCGCCAACGAUCUGCCGUCCUACCUGACAGAGACGCCCAGGCGUACGAUCGGCGAGCCUCGGUUGACGCCUCAGCCGCUGCAAGGCGCCUUCGCGUUGAAUCCGACCAAUAAAUCACUGAGCCUGAGCGAUCAAGGACACGAUCGUUUGCAGCGUUUACAAGACGCCAGUAGCUCUCACUUUGUCAGAGUUGACCGCAAGGCAUCCAUCACCGCUGCCAGCACGCGUGUACCGCCUCCAUCUGUAUACCCUUCACAACUCAAUCACGACACCCAACAAGACGUGCCUCAUAGAUCAUCAAACGCAAAUCCUACAAGAGUCUCACCGCCUGCCGCUUCUGCCCCAGAGGACGGCGCGAUGACGCAAAUACAUCCAUACGCAAGGCAGAAACUACCCUCUCGCUCAUGUGCCUCACCUAAUGUUCCGGCCAUGGCGCCCAUUGCGCCGUUGGUCGUUAACCCUCGUAAGGCAUCUGCCGGCAGCUUGCAGCGCUACGGCACAAGUGGAAGGAGUCCCCGUAUGGACAGUCCCACAGCAGCUCAGUCGUCAGAAUCUCGUACUAAUAUGGUCAAGAGCACCAGUCUGUCCCCGGAAAGCCUGCUGAGUACGCCAGCGAGACAGCAAAGACUCCGACAGAGGAGCGCCAACAUGCCUGUCGAGCCACAGCCACGCGUUCCAUACGGGCCUACCGAGCUUACUCGACGGGCGUCGCUUGAUAGCCUUCUGCCGCCUGCUGCCAUCAACCCAGAGCUACUGAAUAAACCUGAUGUACCGACGUCACCUGAAGCGUCUAUUUCGCCUGUCAAGCUCAAGUCGAAGCUUCAGCAUGCGACGCAACAGGCGCCGCGGUCCGGCACCUCCCACGCUCGGGCAGCAACGACUGGCACACGCGCUGCAUCUGGGCAAACAUUCCUGCUGCAACCGCGCUCCUCUAGCCGCUUCGAAGGCGUCCAGUCUUCAUUGACAAGCAAUGCUGCUAGCCCACCCGGCACACCGAGGCACAAGGCUCACGUCGCGUCUCCUGUCGCGACAUCGCCAGCCUCGAAUGAACAAGACCCCACACCACCUGCACCGGUCUUCACCGAUGUAUUUACUUCUGUCUCAAGCAAGACGCCUGGCUCUCCGAAGCCAGACUUCAGCCUCUCGCUCGGCAUCAAGCAAUCAACGCAGACCUGCAAGCUCGCCGACAUUGAUUGCGACGGCAAUGGCUUUACUCUCUCGUUAGGCUCCAUUGGCGGCCUAGGCAUCGACAACUUCGAUAUUUCGCUCGUGACGACAUCUACCAGACGUAUCGGAGGCACGUCAAGUGACAACAAGACAGAGUGGCAGCUGCAUAUUGUGCCCAAAAGCAAGCAAACAUCUCAGGCUACCACCGAGCGUAUCGCUGCAGGUCAACCGAGCUUCUCGACGCCUCGCGUGACAAGAGCAUCGCCUGCCGAGCGGCCAUCUUUGUCUGCCGCAAAGAUGCGUCGAUCGAUCUCUGACACGACGCCCGCCUCUAGCCAGAUGCCUCCCACGCCUGAAACCCCAGAAUACAUUCGCAGCGUUGCAACUCAACAGUCGCAGCCGGUCUCCCGACGACCUUCGACGCCUACCAGACAUGCUGCAUUCUUACUGCCCAACGCUCAGGGUGAGACCGAAGAUCACCUGCAACACAAUGGACCGCCUACACCCAGAGCACAGAGGAGGGAGCCCACACCGAGCACAUCUAAUACAUCUCUGCGAUCGCAUGCUCCUGCCUUCCGCGAGAAAGGCGGGUUGCUAGGUCGUUCGCCCAAUCCGGCUGCAGCGGCAGCUGCUGCGAUGUCAAACGAAUGGCACGGCCGACCGAAGACUCCCUCGAGCUACUUUCCUUACGAAGACUGGUCACAAGCCUAUCGCGUCGAGACCGAAUCGCCUCGCUCUAUGCAAUUCUCAAGCUCAUCAGAAUCAGAGUCUGCCAGCAUGAAAGGUCUGAACAUUGGCCUGGCUCUAGACGAUCUCAGCAAGUCUCGAUCUCGCUCUGCUUCUUACUGGUCCGACACCGAAGGCACAGAUACGGAUGAGGAGAACGAGGCAGACUGUGCACCGCGACCCAAGACCCACCUCGCCUACAUCUAA